AUGAUGGACCAAGAUCGGCGAGAAGACCGACGCAAUUCCAUGGGCGAAAGCGGCCGACGCUCGAGUUUCUAUCGCGCUCGCGAUCGCUUUGAAGGACGCAAACGCAAAAACUUUCGCGACGAUGAUCGAAGAGAUUCUGGACAAUAUGACGAAGAUCGAGGAGAUCGAUCUGGAGGACGCCGUCGCUCCAGAUCCCCUGAUAGGUGGUCACGUGGCAAGAAGCAGCAAAAGAAAACACAAACGGAUGUUCCUCCGGAACGAGAAUUGUUUGUAGGAAACAUUCCUUCGAACAUUGACGAACGAUUCGUGCUCAACUUUCUCAAUGGAGCCAUGAGACACGCCAAUUUGUGUCCCAGGCAUGAAACUCCAUGCUUAAGUUGUCAGAUCAAUGCUGGAAACUUUGCUUUUGUGGAGCUUUUGAAUGCCGAAUAUGCCAACAAGUGCCUCAACCUGAAUGGAAUCCUCUUUUUGAAUUCCCGAAUCAAAGUUGGACGACCUAAGAAAUAUGUCGGACCUUUUGUCGUGGCCAAAAACUGGCAAGAGUUAGUGGGAGAGUCCCUAACUGUAGAUGCUGUCUUGGACAGUGAAACAGAAAAGGUUAACCGCGAGCUCUUUGUUGGUAAUACUACUCCCGAAAUGACCGAUCAAAUGCUCAAGGACUUUUUGGGAGCAGCAAUGGAACAAGUCGGUCUCAACAUUAUGGAUGGAAACCCUAUUACUGUUUGCGAAUUGUUUGGGAAGUAUGCCUUUAUUGAGCUUCGGACUCCACGGGAAGCCGCUAAUGCUCUGAACUUGAACAACAUUCCAUUCAUGGGUUCCAACUUGCAAAUCACCCGUCCAUCCAAGUUCCAAGGAAAGUUUGAAAAGCACAACAACUGGGAACACGUUCUAGCACGAUUCAACAUGAAACCAGAAGAGUUCCAGCUGGGACAGAUAUUGAACCCAUCUGUAAUUGCUGCUGCCUCUACUAAUGAUCCCGAGAUUGAUUCAGAUAACAUUAACGUCGUCAAGGCGGAAUUGGCACAGGUGAAACGGGCUCUGGAAAUUACCAGACGCCAAUUGGACGAGUCCAAUAAGAAAUCUGAAGCUCGUAAGGAACAACUUGUGUCCCUCAACAAAAAGUGGUCAGAAGGAAAGACUGAGCUCAUUGAUCGAAAGACUGAAUUGCAUCAAGUCAAGAAGGAAUUGGAAUUCAAACAGGAAGUGAACAUGGACAUGGACAAGGUCGUAGAGGCGCAAGAAUUGAGAAAGCGUCACGAGGAGACUCAGGGCAUGUUGCGUGGAGUUACCGAAUCCUUGGUCAAGGCGACAGAGAAACUUCAGCACGAACGCAAGGCCAGAAAGAGCCUCGAACGUUAUGUCCACGAUCAAUCAAUAUCCGGUGGCCUGGACUUGAAUCUCAACUUGGAUGGCGCUGCAGCUGCCCCUGGAGAUAUGAAUGCCUCCAUUGACUUUUCGCAGCUGCGUGCGGAGAUGCAACAAGAUCAAGAACCAGCUUCUGCUGCUCCAGCAGCCGCUGAUGGAACUGGCGAUGUUGCAAUGGAAACGGACGAGACCGAACCCAAAUUGGAUUCUCUCAAGGAGUUCCUCACCAAUACUCCCCAAACAGGCAUCGACUGGGGCCCAAAGCUCUCACGGCCCACCGAUUCAGAAGGCAAGCCCAGACCUCGCGACCGUGGUGGUGUUCGACUCUGCAGGCUCUUGGUCCAUACACCCAAUAUGGAUGUCAACGAUGCCAAUGAAGUCAAGACAAUGGCUGGCAAGUACAACCUUGGUGGUUACGUCAAAUGUGGCGGCCCUGGAUUGUUGGUGAUUGAAGGUUUGGAGUUCAACUGUGAUAUUUUCAUGGACAAUAUGGAACGUCAAAAGAAGAAAUACACCAAGCGCGGAAAGGUAUCGGAGCGAUCUGGUCGUGCUUUCCCCAUGGAAAUGACCUUGCUCGAAGGUGGCGAUGCUAAUGCCAACUUUGCCAAGGCAUGUGCUUCUGUAGGUCUUGCUGAGAAGCUGCAAGCAGCAAUGAACAGUUAA